AUGAUGGACGCUUCGCUCCCAGCCGACCAGAGCGGAUUGUCAGAUCUGUCGACUGAAUCCAUAGACGGCAUCGGGCAGCAAUAUCUCGGACCUCCAUCGCCUUUGAUAGACCAGCAGCCAUCGUCACUACCGCAAACGCCACUCCAGGUUCACGCAAAUGCUAAUCCAACACCAGGUCCGAGCCGGAUCAGCAUGAACGCUGUAAACAAGUCAAGCGCUGCUUGGACACCGAGCCCAGAUGCAUCUUCGUCCCGUUCCAAGUCCAUCAGCCGGUCCAUCCACCGAUCGUCUCCAAGGAAUGGUAACGGCAACGAAAGUAUAGGCUCAAGCUUGGGCACUUUCGACUACAGCAACGCCUCGUUCAGCGAGAGUUUCCUUCGCCAGGCAGGCGCCCACAUGCUUGCUGGUUUGGACGAGACCGAAAUGCCAACCCCAGCCGCCUCUUCAUCAUCAUCUUCGUCAUCACCAAGGUACCGCACAUCUUCGUCACCCACAGUAACAGCGAGGCCCAUUCGCACAGCUGACCCAAGGACACCUUUCACCGGGAAGAGCCUGCGCACCCGCAUGGCAGAGGCAGGAGUGAUCGACAGCCCUGCGUCGUCCGAUGGCAGCAGUCCAACUUCGAGCCCGACCACCCGCAUGAUCCCAGACUCUUACACCCGUUCCAUAUCAUUUCAGCAAGAAGAGCAUGUCGAGUCGCACAGCCCCUUUCCAUCCGUACAAUCCCCGAGGGUGGCGUACUCACCAUCUUUGGAAAGGGUACGAAACGGACACGACGGUUCUCCUCUUCCGCACGACAGGUCGACCACGGGAGAUAGCGAUUGGCAGGAGGGUCUAUCAAUGGUGCCAGAGGAGUCCUACGUAGAGGACGUCUUGCAACUGCCACCGUCACCCGCUGUCGACCAUGCUGUCUCACAACCCUCUUUUGGGCUCGAUGAGCGUUCAAGCACCUCUAUUCUGCUGAACAAGAGCUCGAAAACAAUCGCAAAUGCGUCGAGUUCGUCUAUUUCUGCACCAAAUCAAGGCUCCGCGUCGAAGGACGACGCUGCCCCACCUGUUUCGACACCAUCACGCAGCGAGUCUCCUGACAACGACUUUGCGUCACCGCAAGCAACUUCAUCAGAAGCAACACCAGCACAGGACUCUGACGCAUCACAGAGUCGUGACAGUACCCCGUCUCUUCCCGCAUCACCGCGUUCGAAUCUUGCAGCACCAGCCACACCCUCGACGGCCCCUCGCACUGUCCAUACACCGCGAUCCUUUGCCAGACUGCGAGUGGGAACCCCCGUUCGGUCUUCGCCUCUUUCGCGCGUUGUUAACUUUUCGCCUGCAUCGACAGGCUCUGCUACCUCGCAAUGGCAGAGUCCCGUCAGUCAGAGGGGCAGUGUUCACGCCCUUGCGUCUUCACCAGCUCCCUCAUCAAAUGAAACUAACGCUACCCAGGCCGUCGAGCAAGACGCUUCGUUCAUCUCAGCGAGAGACGAUGCACACGCUUCUCUCGCCAGAUCGACUCAGUCGCAGGCGAAUGCAAAAGAGCACGCCUCGCAUCCACAAACGCCGAGCAGCGCGACUCCUCUCCCGCAUAUCACCGCAACUCCAUCCCGCUCAUGGUCACCAGCAACCUCGGCCUCGUUCGCAACUCCCGCAUCGCAUCGCCAGUCACCUGCGCCAGCCACUCCAGCCUUCUCCCAACCGCAAAGUGCAGCUCGCUGGACUUCUCGAACAGACGCAUACUCUUCGCCAGCAGUCGACUUUGGCACACCGCAGUGGAGUCCCUUGCCUGCCCCCGUUGUGGGCAAGAUCGAGCUGAUUGAUGAGACCGCAGAAGCCAAGCUAGAGUCGAACAAGAGCAUCGUAGAGCCGAUCGAAGGGGAACAAGAGGAGACUGCAUCGUCGUCUGCCUGUUCGUCCGCUUCCGCCGCCUCGGAGCGGAAACAAAGUGGUGAUGUUUCAACGUCCUCCCAACCUGCUGUCGAGUCGUCUUCGCGCAAGAAGGAAGUAGAGGAACUAUCGCUGGCCUCGACAACACAGCAAUUCGACUCGCCGUCCGCAGCAAGGUUCUCUCGCAUGCAGCUUUCGCACAUCUUGCCACCGACGGCCUUGGUUCCGGCCGAACUGGCGUCCGUCCCAGAGCUAGGGCUGGUCGCAAGCGCGUUCGACUCGCUCAGCCACCUUUCCGAUUCGCGCAUCUCACGGCUCGUGGCGCAGCUCUCUGCCUCCACAGCACGGAUCGAGGAGCUGGAGAGUGCUCUGGAGGCGAGAGAGAGCGAGCGGGAAGAGCUACAGGAUGUGCGGUUAACACUGUCCCAGCUCUCGGUGCAGUACGACGAGCUGGUUCAGGAGACGGAUGAGAAAGAUGCUACUAUGGCAGAGUUGGUUGAGAAGCUGAAGGUGCAGUUGCACGACAGUGGGAGAGGGAGGGAAGUAGAGUUGGAACGGCAAUUGCAGGAGGAGCGGAGAUUGAGGGAGGUCGAGAGGCGCGAUUACGAGGUGCGCAUUCAAGGGUUGAUGAAUCCAGCCGUUGCUGCCUCUGCUCCUUUGAAAGAGGAUUUCCGAUCACAAACAACAAACGGCGAUCAGCUACACAUGGCGAUAGAGCAAGCAAAGGAGCAGCUGCGGUCGACACUGGAGAAGGACUUUGAAGUUCGUCGAACUAUGGAGCAACGGGAACUUCAAGUGCGGAUUGAGCAACUAGAGCGCGAGCUGGCCUCCGCUGCUAUAUAUACCUCUGAUGCCAAGGGCGGCGCUGCAGUGGACCACGAACAUGAUUCCGAACUACAACGCCAAGUGGGCCACCUCACCUCCGAGUUGGAUCGCCGCUUCGAAGAGCUACACGAUCUGCGGGAGGACUUCGAGUCAAUCACCCAGCAAAAAGACCAGGCCGAGGAGAAAGUGCCACUACUCGAGCAGGAGCUGGACGAGGCUCGAUCACAAGCGCACGACCACAGCGUUAGCAAUAGCAGCGGCAACAGCAAGGUCUACACGCAGCUCGAAGAAGAGCUGGACAAAGCGCGAUCGAUGCUCGCCGAACGAGAUGCUGAGAUCUCAAGAUUGCAAGAGACGCUUUCGCUUACCAACGCACGUCUCGCCUCCCUCGCUUCCGAGCACGGCGCCCUGGUCGACCAGCACGACCACCUCUUGCAACUUCACACGGACACCUCGGCGCGUGUGGCACAGCUCGAGUCGCACAUCUACACUCUUGAGACACAACUCCGCACGCGCACACCCAUCAAGCCUACCGACUCUUCCUCCGCCACCUCCGCCGCCGAAGCACUUGCGGGCACACCAGCAACGGACAGAGUAAGCCGACUGGAACGCGAGCUGGCAUCGCUGCAGCUCGAACUGGUCAAGAUGGGCAAAGCCAACGACGCGCUGCAAGAGGACAACAUCCACUUCUCUAUUGCGUUGAGCGCUAAGCAGCUCGAGCUGGGCAUGGUGAAGAGAAACGCCAGGUUUGCAUUGAAGAAUGCUCAGGCUCACGCGAGCGCUGCUACCCACGUCGGGCUGCCGAGGAGUAAGAACGUUGAAGCGGCCAGCGGUGGGAGUGAGGAGGAGAAGAGGCAGGAGGUGGUGUUUCCAGCGGUGCCGAAAGGCGAGUUUGGUGGGCAAGAGGAUGUGGCGCAAGGGAAGGAGAAUGCGCAGGGCGAGCAGGUCCAGGUCAAUGAGGCGAGGUUGCACGCUCGACAGAUGCUCGCCCAGCGACGUGCUACAGCCGAAGCGAAUGGCCAUGUGGCACAUGGGGCAAGGCGGAAUCGUCCUCUGGUGGCUGCAUAG